AUGUCCUCUGAACACGAUAAAGAGGAUAACUAUAGUGAGCCCAGCUCAGUGUCCCCGUGCACUACUAGAUCUUCGGACCCUGCUGUGCCACAAGCCUUGACGGGCAGUCCAGGAGAUGAUACGAAUGCUCUAGCCCGCUCAAUGUCCCGGGUUUCCUACCGUUCGAGUAUCGACAGCAAAAAAGAUGUAGACCUUAUCUACGACUCUCCUGAACAAUUUCAGCGCCUGGAAAAGAUUGAAACAAAUGUCCGCCCCAAUUACCAGGACGUCCUCGAAGCCGAUCCUUGGAAAUACCCGCUCGACCUCAACUCUAAUCUGCGUAUUGUGACCUUUGUUGACGAAGACGAGGACGAUCCUCGCAGAAUGUCCUUUGUGAGAAAAUGGGUCAUCACAGUUAUUCUUGGUUUAGUCUGUUUUGGUGUUGCCUUUUGUUCUGCCGUCGUCACGGGUGACAUCAAAGGGCCUAGAGAUUAUUUCCAUGUGUCCACCGAGGUCAUUAUUCUCACAGUGACAUUAUUUGUUGUGGGUUUCGGUGUCGGGCCUUUAGUUUUCGCUCCUGCGUCUGAGGAAUUUGGUCGCCAAAUUGUAUAUAUCGUUACCUUUGGUUUCGCCGUCUUGUUUGUUAUUCCUUGUGCGCUUGCUCGCAACAUUGGUACACUACUUGUCUGUCGUCUUAUCGAUGGAAUUGCCUUUUCUGCUCCUAUGACUGUCAUUGGUGGUAGUUUGGCUGAUAUCUGGGCCGUCGAAGAGCGCGGUAUUGCCAUGACGGUUUUCUCGGCUGCGCCAUUCAUUGGCCCCGCCCUUGGACCCUUGGUCGGUGGCUUCAUCGGUGACUUUAUGUAUUGGCGCUGGAUCUACUGGAUCUCUUUCUUCUUUGUCUUGGGCCUCUACAUUCUCCUGGUCUUGUUUGUUCCCGAAACUCACCACACCACAAUCCUUCGUCGACGCGUCAAGAAACUGAUCAAACUCACAGGCGACCGUCGUUAUGUCACAGCCAAAGACGCUGAUCCCAUGCCUGCCAGUGAGCUCCUCAAGGUUACUCUACUGCGCCCAGUGCAGCUGUUGGCAGAGCCGAUUGUCUUCUUCAUCACACUUUACAUGACCGUACUCUAUGGUCUUCUUUACAUGUUCUUCUUUGCAUACCCGGUUGUCUACGGAGAGGGUAAAGGCUGGUCUGACCACAUGACUGGUCUGAUGUUCAUCCCACUCGCAAUCGGUAUUAUCUUAUCUGCAUGUUGUGCCAAAUUUGUCAACGACGAUUACAACCGCCGAGCUAAGGUGUUCAAAGACAGGGGUGAGCCUGUUCCUCCCGAGGUCCGUCUUAUUCCGAUGAUGUUUGGCGCCCCAUUUAUCCCAAUUGGUUUGUUUAUUUUCGCAUGGACAUCCUACCCCCAUGUCCACUGGAUUGGUCCUGCCAUCGGUGGCGCUCCUGUUGGUUUCGGCUUCAUUUUCUUAUACAAUGCCGCCAAUAAUUAUCUUAUUGACACAUAUGUCCAUGUGGCUGCGUCGGCUCUUGCCGCUAAAACUUUUGUGCGCUCUUUAUGGGGUGCAGGCUGUGUCCUGUUCACAAUUCAAAUGUACCACACUCUUGGUUACGAGUGGGCUAGCUCGCUUCUAGCCUUUAUUGCUUUGGCGUGCUGUCUAAUUCCGUUCUGUUUCUAUUUCUUGGGUGCUAAGAUCAGAGCACGUUCCAAGUAUGCAUUCAACCACAACGCUGCCUCAGGCUAG